AUGGUGAUUUUAGUGUUCUUGCUGCUGGAACUGUUUUCUUACAAAGUAUGUCAGGCUCACUUAGAGAAAUGCAGACUCCAAGGUCCACACAGUCCACUUCACAUGUAUCAUCAACCAGGAGAGUUCCUCAUUGGUGGCAUUGUUUCCCAUGGUGGCUUCAUCGCCUCUCCAGCAACAUUCACUGAAGAACCCCCACCAGCGCUGCCUGAAGAACUUGUGGUGGUGCCUAAGGGUUACCAGUACAUCCUGGCCUUGGCAUUUGCAGUCAAGGAGAUCAACAAAGACCCUCACAUCCUACCCAAUAUCACCUUGGGCUUCCGCUUAUAUGACAGCUAUAUCAGUGCAAGGAGCACAUAUCUUGCCACAAUGCUGCUUUUAUCAAUGGUGGAGAAAUUUGUCCCUAACUAUAUAUGUGAUGUUGAAAAUAAUCUGACUGGGGUCAUUGGGGGACUGGAUUCUGAAAUCUCCUUUUAUGUGGCCACUGUUUUGGAUAUCUUUAAGAUCCCGCAGGUAGGACACCUAUGUACAAUACCUCUAUUAGCUUGCAUAGAGAAGGAGGCAGGUUCCUUGGCAUCAGUUCAGGGUGUAUCAGCAGUUCAGGGUGAAGAUGAAAUUGGGCGCAGAACCAUGUGGACAUGGAUUGGAGUCAUUGCAACAAACAAUGAGAAUGGAGAAAGAUUUGUGCAAACUAUUUCGCCCAUGUUUACCAACAGUGGUGUCUGCUUUGCAUUCAUAGAAAGAAUCCCUGAUUUCAGUUUUAUUUCUGAAAUGUAUGGCUUGCUAGAACAGGCGACCAAUAUACAAGACAAAAUCUUUAGCAGCAAAGCUAAUGCAGUGGUGACCUCUGGAGAGUCUUAUUCCAUGGCAACUUUUAGAUGGCUUCCAUACUUAUCAAAACAUGAUGACUUGAUUAAUAAUGUAAAAAGUAAAGUAUGGAUAGUAACAGCCCAGGUUGAGUUCGCUUCAUUUGUCUUUCAAAGGAACUGGGAUUCAGGAGUAUUCAGUGGUGCUAUAUCCUUUGAAAUUCACUUCAGAAACCCACCAGGAUUUCAUCAGUAUGUUGUGCACAGAAACCCUUUCAGCACAGAUGGGGAUGGUUUUAUCAAGGACUUCUGGCAACAGGCCUUUGGAUGUGUAUUCCCAGAUAUCACUUCAGACAAGGUGGAGGGGAAUAUUUGCACUGGAGAAGAGAAGCUGGAGAACCUUCCUGGAUCAUUUUUUGAAAUGAGCAUGACAGGCCACAGUUACAGCAUCCACUGUGCUGUUUAUGCCAUGGCCCAUGCUUUACAUGCCAUGUCCACAUCCAGACUCAGACACAGAGGAAUGGUAUAUGGAUCAAUAGGGAAGAAACUGAAUACACAGUUUUGGCAGCUCCAUCACUUUCUGAGAAGUAUCUCAUUUAACAAUACUGCAGGAGAUGUGGUCUUCAUCAACCAGAAUGGAGAGGCAGCAUCUAGCUUGGAUAUUGUCAACUGGAUCAUAUUCGCAAACCAAAGUUUCCACAGAGUGAGAGUUGGGAGGAUAGAUCCACAAGCUCCUCCAGACAAAAAAAUAACCCUUGAUGAAGAUGCCAUAACAUGGCACAGUUGGUUUAACCAGAUUCAGCCUCUUUCUGUCUGUACUGAGACAUGUCUUCCAGGAUCCAGCAAGAAAGUGAAGGAGGGACAGCCCCCUUGCUGCUAUGAUUGCAUCCCAUGUCCAGAGGGGAAGAUUGCAAACCAGGAUGAUAUGAAUGACUGUUAUAAAUGCCCAGACAAUGACUAUCCAAGCAAGAACCGGAAUGCAUGUCUACCCAAGGAUAUCAGCUUCUUGUCUUAUGAAGAACCUUUGGGCAUCAGUUUGGCCUCUUUCUCUUUUUUCCUUUCCUUGAUCACAGCUCUGGUACUAGGUAUAUUUAUGAAACACCACGACACACCCAUUGUCAUUGCAAACAACCGAAACCUCACCUACACUCUCCUCAUCUCUCUCCUGCUCUGCUUCCUUUGUGCAUUGCUCUUCAUUGGCCGACCUGAGAAGGUCACAUGUCUCCUCCGGCAACCAGCUUUUGGUAUCAUCUUCUCAACCGCUGUUUCUUGUGUCCUGGCAAAAACCUUCACGGUAGUUUUGGCCUUCAUGGCUACAAAACCAGAAUCCAGGAUGAGGAAAUGGGUGGGGAAAGGACUAGGCCACUCCAUUCUCCUUUCCUGCUCCAUAGUUCAAGCAGGGAUAUGUACUCUGUGGCUGGCAACUUCACCCCCAUACCCAGAUGUGGACAUGUACUCAAUGACAGAAGAAAUUAUACUAGAAUGUAAUGAAGGGUCUGUAACAAUGUUUUACUGUGUCCUCAUCUACAUGAGCUGCCUGGCAACUGUAAGUUUUGCUAUGGCUUUCCUCGCCAGGAAGUUACCAGACAGUUUCAACGAAGCCAAGUUUAUCACUUUCAGCAUGUUGGUCUUCUGCAGUGUUUGGCUGUCCUUUAUUCCUUCCUACCUGAGCACCAAGGGAAAAUACAUGGUAGCUGUGGAGAUCUUCUCCAUCUUAGCCUCCGGUGGUGGGUUGCUGGGUUGCAUCUUUUCCCCCAAAUGUUACAUAAUUGUUAUGAGGCCUGAGCUGAACAAUAGAGAACAGCUAAUAAGGAAGAAAAAUUAA